AUGCACCGACCCCCGCCCGCCGAGGGAAAUGACUUGGAAGAUCUAUUAGGGGAGGAACCUCUUCCCCCUAUUCCACUUCCUUCACCGAAUGUCCAUGUAUGGUCCGAUGAAAAGGCGGCCGCUUAUUGCGCCCUUACCCCUCCCUUGGAAACAUUUAUGGUGGUGCCAGAUGAAAUUCGUCGUGAUCAAUUUUUCCAUGUAAGUCCAAGUUUUUCCUUUGAACGCUUUACACUAUGCUAUUAUCUGAGUUUUUCUCGUUUAUUUCGACUAACCAGCCAUAUUCGGUAACUAAGUACCAAGUCCGUUCGCGACUCAUAGUUGCUACUCUAGAGCACGUUAACAAUGCAAAAAACAUUCAUAUUCAAGCUCAAUAAUCAAGAUUUCCGACCGACAGUGUAGUUUUUGCGUCUGUGCAGUAGAGUAUCUGCGUUUGGACUACCCAGAUAAGCAUGCCCAACAAAGAUGCAGCCUUGCUGUACCCUCACAUACUUCGGGGCCCUGGAGGAGUGUAGUAUUUCCUUGUUCCACACUGUACCAACAUUGUAUAUGGCUCUCGUAUGGGACCUGAACGGAACUCGACUUUUCAGUAUCGGUUUUGGGCUUAGUCCAGCCAUCACAAAGUGUUAAUUCGUGUUACUAGUGCAUUAUCUACGCUGUUUUGUGUUUGCUUCAGACGGCCCGCCAAGACGACAUGCUGAUAGGAUAUGUCAGCGCUAUUCAAGAUUCAGGCUUGAUAAUAACCUUGCUGGCCUAUGACCAGGGACCAAGGAGGGACUUCGAUCAUCUAAAGUUGACGGUACGUCAGGUGUUUCUUGCUUAAAUAUUUUUUUCGCCCUUACUCACUCAUACUUUUCCACAAUAGUCAUGAAGCAAACAAUACAAUGUCACUCUAAAGAAUUUACUCACUCAUUUCCUGAACCAACGUCUCGUAGUCCGUCUUUGCUGCACGUCAUCGCAUGUGUUUUUUUUAAGCAAUGGCAAACUUUUUGUUAUGGUUUCGUGGUUUCCCACACCACUGAUUAACAAUUUCGAAUGAAGUUUCCUGUUUACUGAACACUAUGCGCAUCCAAGCAGUUCCCCAAUAAUUACUGACCUCCCUGAGUACCCGUAAUUUUCAGGCUGCGGUUUUGCAAAACCUUUCUUUGCUCACAUGGUCUACUGGUUUUUACUGUGUUGUCUCUAAGAGGUCUUCACGCUUCUGGUUCUGCGGUAAUUUUGAUCGCACUCUACCAUGUUUGUACUGUCAUUUGUAGGGGUUCUGUCCGGUUAGGCAGUUGCCAAGGUAUGCUGCCCAUGGGAAUGCUUUGGAUGCUUUCCAGAUUGGCGACAAGGUCCGAGGUAAGUGUACGGACACUCGGUAUUUCCUUUUUUACACCUCCGUCUUUAUCACUAUGCACUCGGCCACAUCACGGUUCUCUUCAGCCUUUUGACUUGUUUAUGGCAAACAAGCAUGCUUUAUUCCCUGACUUCAGAUUGAUGCUCUCAUUCAUCCUUUUUCCGUUGUAGCCUUCAUCCUAGAUGUCCAUCACUCCGGUCGUCUUAUUUUAAGCAUGAAUCCGAAGGCCAUGAAUCGUGAUCUGUACGGUGACUUGAAGCUCGUAAGUUUAUUCCUUUUCCUCGAAACCCGCAUUCUUGUUGUCUUCCUCUUGAAGGGAACCAUCAAUUUUCCUCUUAGUCCGACAGCUUUCCGAAUGUGCACCUCGAUUUAUGUUCCGUAUUGCCCGUCAGAAUAGCUGUGAGCUUGGUUAUGUUUGCGGUAUCUGACGUUUUCGUACUUGGGUUGGCGUGAAGUCGCAUGCCGCUUGAUAAACAUAUUUCAACUGAGACUCGUGUCCUUUACCGAUACCCAACUUUCAGUGAUUUGAUUGACCUUAAAUACACUGUUGGAUACAGGCAAGCAAAUGUGGUGCCACAACCACCAAGGCCAUGCGUUACAAAAUACAGCCCCUAAAUUACACAACUAAUAGUCUAGGUGACUAGGAAACUGAUUGGGCAGUACUGUGAAAGACAAGAUACACACAGAAUGGACAAUCGGUCCGGUGAUGAUCACUGAUAUAUGGGCCGUCACUCCUAAUGCCCCAUCUAACUUCGCGGUCGCGAAACUGCUACAUUCUUGUUGCCACUGUCGUUAUCUGACCACUUUAUUUUUGGAUAGGUCGGGUUGGACGGUUGGCAGGAACCUGAAAACUAGUUAGGUUAGUCGCGUAUAGUGGCAUUUUCGAAGCAUGUAUGGACCUGUCUCUCAGCACUACGGCGCGAUCAUUCGAUAGUCCGAACGUCUGAACUUUAGAAAUUGAUUCGUCCCUGACCCCAUCUUUUGUGGGGAAUUCAUCCGACCCGAGCGUUAGCACUAGCGUGCGUGUUACAGACUUUUCCACCCUUAACAGAUAUUCCAGCCAGACUUAACUACAUUCUUUUCUACAAAUAAGUAAUUGAUCAAGCUCCCAUGUAAAACAGCGUUUUGGUCAUAUCGAUACUGGGGCCUUAUGCCCAAACCCCACUUGUGCGCAUGAAAAAUGUAGACCUAACGACGCACGUGCUUUAAUUCCGGACAGUUUGAUAAUAGACUUCGUGGACCGUGGUGUGCCAUAGGUAUAGUAUGGUCAUGCUGAUCGGUGCCCUACUGACUGUCGGUGAAUUUUACUAUCGUGUUUUAUUCUGUUAGGGUGUGAUUUCGGACGAGGACUUGCCGUUGCACUUCAAGUAAGCGCAUUUGCAUAGUUAUAUAAUGAAUUUCUUCCAGAAAGCUGCAAAAUCUAGAUGGGAAGACAUUCGAGCAAUGCCUCGAAAGCACACCACAGUUUCGUAACCCGGAUGGCUUACGAGUCCUCUGUUCUCGGUUCGGAAUCCCGCGCGCGUCGGCCUGUAGUCUUCUUCUCUCAAUGGCCAAGUAAGCAGCAGUUUUUAUGCUCGAGUGCACCUUGUUUAUCGGCUCAAUUUGGUUGGUUCUCAGUGUUUUUUUUUCGCAUUGUCUUUCUAGGAUCAAUCUGCCCAAACCCGAGAUGGCCUGCGAACUUCGGCGUGUCCAGCUCUACAACCUUUCCAUGAAACAGUUAGUAUAAACCGCACUAAAUUUUAUCUUUAGUAUUGUCGCUUAUUCCAUUUCACUUUUACGCCGACCGAAUGAUUCAUUACAGCCUUGUCAAAUACCGAGACAGUUGCCAUCUGGGAUUUCGAAAUUGGUCAAUAAUGAUUGUCUAACACGUCGAAGUGACUAACGCUGUCUGAGAGCACCUAGAUCAACACUGUUAUGUUGUACUUCGUGCUGCGCUCUGCACGUUAGGACAUCUCGCCUACCACGUGCCUUACCUCGAAUAUUGAAUGUUCACACCUUCAGCUCCACCGGAGCAAAAUUAACAAAAGUCUUAUGAUCCAUUCUGCAAAAAUCAUACAUCUGGUGAUUCGUUUUAACAUCAUGGCCGGGACUUUAGUCGAUUCCACUUCACCUUUUUAUCCAAUUUCGUGAUCACCUCACCUGUGAUGAAUUGUGAGCCGAGUUUCACGCCCUUCUCGCCUCCCACCCUCGUCGGCUGGUCGAUGGCGGCUCGAAGGUGUGUGUGAAAUACCGCUCGAAGCGAUUCUGAGGUGGUGAUUUUGUUACUGUCUUUUCAUGGGUAGUCAGUAGUGGGCAGUGUUGAGCCGAUCCCAAACGACAACCGAAUUUGUGCGUGUCUCAGUGGAGACAGCUGCCUUAUGCCGCAUCAACCCUUGUCCCCAGAGAGUUGACUUUGUCUUCCGCAACUUCUUUCACACCACGCCGUGACACGCUUUUGAGCUGUCGUAACGUGUGAGGCUUCGACUGACGGGAUACUUCGAUCCUCCGCGCCAUGGGUCAGGUUGGAGUUAUUUCUUGUAUAUUGAGAGGGCAGCGCGUGCGUGACGCGUAAACUGGUGGGCUGAUGAAGGAUGUAUCCAGUGUCGACCUCUGUUAUCGUUGUGCCCAACGACGACAUUCUUCGCCUGAACUAACUGAGACCAGUCCUUCUAUUUCUUAAUGGUUUCCAUAUAUCCUCCAAUUUCUAACUUACUCUCGCUUCACAGUGUUGCGCAGGGUGUCAAAUAUUUCAAAGAGGGUCGCAAUACCGAGGCUCUUCAAUGCUACAACUUUGCAAUCGAAGUUGAGAGCUCUAACCCAGACGCCUACGUGGCUCGUGGUGCCCUGUAAGUCUUUGCCCACACUGCCUUCUUGUGUCUUCUCAGGCACUGGUCAUAAGACUUCUGCCAGUGUUUUUAUUCCACGAUCUGUCGCUAACUUUUUUUCCUUCCGGACCAGGUACGCAUCGAUUGCCAGCUAUCCCAAAGCCGUGGAGGACUUGGAAAAGAGCCUGCAACUGCAACCUAAUCAUGCUAAUGCAAAGAACUACUUGGGCCAGACGCUUCUCGCCUACGCCUGCGAGUAAGUACUUUGGUGAUAGUAAAUCCAGGUACCUGCAUGUGUCCCGCGUUUGGUCCUCACCCGACAAAUAAAUCAUGUGUCAGAAAGUUUUCAUGCAUAAUUUAGUAGCCUCUAAAAUUCCGGAUGUACUACAAAAAAGUCACCGAAUAACAGAGUAUUCGCCUACCCAUCCAUUCAACUGGCCGAAGGAAGCUCCGAAUGGACGGAUAGGAGAAGCUCCAGCAUGGAUUCGAGUGAGAGUCCGAAAUGCCAGACUAAUAGGGCUCUUGUUUCAGCGGUCGCCUCCCCUCCGCAACAAAUAGGGGGUCACGAACAGGCGCCCACCCACCUUGGUGGAUACAUCUACAUGAAUACAUUCUUCACCCAUCGCAGAAGGGACUAGGGGGUGAUGAGAUACUACUUAAUUUAGGCCUGCUUGUACUGUUAACCCAUCGGCCGGACCUCGUCUACUGACCGCCUGCGCGGUGUGAGUGCGUUUGCCCUUCUGAUCACAGGAAUAUAGCUGGUUCAAGAGAGCAUAACUAAGUCCGAAACACCCGCCAUCGCAGCUUCCCGUGCCUCCCUGUGUGCGUUUAUUUUUGUUGAGUGCAGAAUCUAUGAACCUUCCAAUUGUUGGGUAAUGGCCGGUAUUCAGUUAUGCUAUUUGCGACACAGCCACCACCCUUGAGCCUUUCGGUUUUGUCGUCGAAUUCGCUGGCAGAAUUUUCGACAGUCUCUGCUGUCUGUAUGCUAACGGUCGUCAACUUUGGCCGGGAGAGUUAAUUACACUGCGUCUAGUCUGGUGAAGGCCCACAUUCUUUGUAUUUGUGAAGUUCUCGCAUUCUAUCCUGUUGUCGCCUCUCCAAGGUCUUAUCACCUCGUAACCUGGAGACAUUUCUUUCUUUGGUGCGGACGAAGAAGACUCAAAUUGCAGCCCAAGUAUUUUGGCGGACGUUAUACAAGAAUUUUUUACGCUCAAUCACAAAGACCACCUCGGUAGUCUUGGUGCCAAUGCUGAUAGGGCGUCUGACUGCCGUUAUCACUGCUAUUCCCUAUCUUUAUAUGCAAACUGUAGCACCCAUCUUCGUUUUUCGCAUUUAGGGUAACAAAUAAAGACCCCGCCAAGGCUGAACAACUUCUGAAGCGGGCACUGAAACUCGAUCCCGACAAUCAAGAGGCACGUGAGGCGCUUAGAGAUCUUCCCGGUUCCGGUGGGCGCAGCCUCGAUGUGAGUCUGUUUUUCGACUGAUUUCAGGCGCGUUAGUUUGCCCCGAUUUCUAUGUUUUUCUGCUUGGGCGCCUCGAGAUUGACUAAUAUUUGAUUUUGUCUUCUCCUAGCGUUCAUGGUCGCGCUCUCCUUCGCCCGCUAGGAAGCCUGGCUACGGAGGCCCAAAAGCGCCACCUGUGGAACGACACGGGCGUCCACCUCUAUCACCCCCUGGACAGAUCGCUGCCGGUGGCGGUAGCGAGACUGUUUCUUCGCACAUGGAGCGGAGCCGGAUCGCUUUGGAGCAGCUUGUUGAAGAAGAUCGAUCAAGGAGGGCUGCUAAGGAGCCAGUGGGUCGCCGAAAUGAUCGUAGCAGAAGCCCAGACUUUUACUCUCCUCCUUGUAAGUUUGACACAUUUUGAGAUACAUUUUAUCUCACCAACUUUUUUGGUCAGACCAAAAAGUCACUUUCUGCUGCUGGCGGUCUGUUCUGACUCCGCCUAUGAAUCUUGUGCUAUUUCAAGUCAUCUCAGCCCAUCCACCAUGUUGAGAAUUCUUACUGAUUAACAAGACACAACGGUAGCCAUUUCUGGGUAAGAUGUGGUUAUGCAGCCCCACCUGAUAGACACUACUGCUGGAGUUAGGGCUUAGGGCAACUAUUUAUCAAUCACGCAAAGUACAACCGCACAUUCCCAAUAGCUUUUCUUUUGCAUAUGACUACUUGCCCUCGUCGCUCGUGCGUUCCCUGGCGCCACCAGUAAAAACCACCUCCAUUACCACCUGUCCUGUAUUGUAGGUGACUGGGGUUUAGUUGCUUCAAAUGGGGCUACAUAACCACAUCUGACCCAUUUCUGGCUCCCCUGUCCUUAUCAACUGACCUUACAUUCCAGCUCUAGCCGCUGCGCCCAAGUCACGUCGGCCAAGAUUGGCCGUUUGUAACACGGUGAUUAUGUGCUAGAACGAGAAGCGGUCCUUUUUGCAUGGUAUCGUUGCCGACACACCAGUACAUCCAACACAAUCACAUCUCACUAUAACAAAUCUGAGGCGCUUAGAGUCGUGGUUUGAAAGGUCCGAGGGGGCGGGGAGCUAAUUCAGUCCUCAGUACGGAGUCAGGCUGCAAUGGUUCCUUAGUGUGGUAUUUAUGGCACUCACUUGCGUGAGAUCUGAGUCGCUCUCGUGAAAGCCCGGUAUUGCCGGUCUCGUCGCCUGCGUCGUAUUGCACGCUAAGACACUGCACCCGAGGGCUCCAAGGCAGAGCGGAAUAGCCCAUUUCCGUCCUGCAUUCAGGAUAAGUCGGUGCGCAGGUACCUGCCAAAACACCUAUGAAUCCCAUGAAACUGUCUAUGUUAUUUCCCGGGCGAUCAUGAUUUAAGUGCGGGGGUGGGUUUUGAAGCUUCUCUGCAUGUUCGUUGCCUGCGUGCACUUACAUCCUUGUGGAGACGGCUGUAAUUACUUAAAUUUUUCCAACAGACGACCUUCAGUAAAGUCUGUUAAGUGGGGUUCGACGAGGACUGUCACGCAGAGAUCACGGCUGUGACUUAAGCUUUCUGAGGACUUCAAAAGCAUCCGCUGCACUUUCUACCCACUCUCGUCAUGUUCCGAUGACAAGACAGUCGUGAUGACUGGAAGUGGUGGUGGGCGCAGUGACUGACGGGGCUAGGGUAACGACUGCGUGCAUACGUGCGGGUCUCAAGCCCCUGCUGGGGACUUCAAAUGUUUCAGGGGUGCCAUAAAGGCCAUAUUUUGGAUAACACCGCAUUCCGUCUCGAUCCGGAGUGGUGCCGAGUUAUUCGGUCAGUUCGUAACCCUCGACUGGUAGCGUGUCGCAGUGAUUUUUAGGCAUAUUCGGUCAUUUAUGGCAGAAAGGACUAGGCUGAAACAAUUUCACUCCUUUUCCGUACCAGCGACAAGUCCAAAUCAGAGUGAUUGCGAAUGAGAUUGGACUCGGUGGCCAAUCCCAAAAUCCUGGCGAGCAUUCACAUCGACUGUCAUUUUCGGUGGUAGCAAACUCCACUGCAUAAUUGUUAUGUGAAUUAGUGCUUCAGCCAUUAUUCUAGUGUGGGACAGCAUCUAUUCAUCUGACGCCGGAACGUGCUGGGGCGGCAAUGCCAACUUGAUGAGUGUUAGUCAGGACCUCUAGCAGUAUUCCUUCGGUCCAGUUGUGAUUAAUUCACCGGUGUUGGACUAGAUCGGUAAUUUAUGUUUGGCAUGCCACAUGGCGGUUGUCGAGCAAGUGGGGCAUAUCCGGCUGUGGAGUUGUGGCUAACUCUGCAGCAACAUAGAAGGGAGCAACGCAGCAACAACCCAGCUUCCGCAUUUGUCACAUUUUGACGCCCCAUGGAUUGUGCCUCACGCUUUUGGUCUGUUAGUUAUUGGAAAAGGCUUGGUUGCGUAAGCAAUCUGUUAUCAAAAUAGUCGAAUUUUAAGGACUGUCGUUUUUACGAAUAGUUUUUAUCUCAUCUUCACAGAGCUACUAGUUGUCUGUCCAGCUCCAGUCUAACUUUUCUGUGAGCCUUUCGUUCACCGUUCCCCACUCCAUCCAUCCAUCCGCACCUUCGCUUGAUGUCGGCGUUUUUUUGUCAUCUUGUGUGAGAAUCAUCAGCUUUUCAGUGCUUCCUAGUUGGAUACCACGCAGUUGCCUUGACCCCGCUGAUUCAUACUCGACACAUCAAUUCUAUGCCUCCGUCUUACGUGCUGCUUUAGCUUAAAAGAAUUUAAUGUUUCCUCUUGUAGCUCGACGCGGUGGCGACGACAGGUUCCGUGAUGAGGUAAUUUGUACUACUGCAGUUUGCACCUUUGUUAAUACAGUAGUAUUGCUCUUUGCAGAUAAUGUUUGCGUGUGCAAAUGUCUGUUUCCUCAGAACUAUCGCAUGAAUCUUUUCUCGUCCUUUACAUUUUUAACUAAACAGGGUCUUGGUCUGUCGUGUCAUCGCCCGACCUACCUUUUAAACCUCGUCCCCUAAAUUAUCAUGUCAGCAGCUGUCUUUGAAAUUUAUAGUUGUAAUGGCAAUACAGUGACUUACUGGAGAGUAGUACAUGAGAGUCACAGGAUGCAAUUGAACGUCAGGUGCGAUACCACUUCAGGACAACCUGUUUGGACAUCUUGGCUUCUACAGACGACCUCAGCCGUAAAUAUUCCCUCACCUGCGUCCACAUUGUUCACACUACCCGUCUUUUUUCCAGGCCAAACCGAAUUCUCGCUGAAGGGCAGAAACCAAUGACUAUAUUAUUUAUAAGUGCACGAGGGCAUUUGCAGAGUACUCGUCGGUACACUUCCACAUCGCUGAACUAGUUUUACUAAUGUGAGUGGGUAGCGCCCCUUGAUUAACUGGGAUCACAGACGACUGAGCUCGUCUGAACAAAUUUUCGAUCCUUACAAUAGUCUUGGUAGGACGCGCAUAUCCUGUGUAGAUACCGCCGGCGACGAAGUUGAGGCCACUGUUUUGUUGAGCUGGUGUUUCCUAGACAGCCCAAGCCAUUUCGUUCAGCACACGGUUGACAAUUGCUAGCAGCAGACAUUUUUCGGUGCAACGAAGCUGGAUGGACGUCUUUGUCGGUAUUUACCUGUCAUACUUCGUACCGUCAUCUCACUCCCAUGUGUGUUCGUUUUCCUUUCAGCCAAAACCCUCAAGCAGAGGCCCCGCAAGUGGUAUGGACAAAGGCGACUUAGCCAAAAUUGUCAUUACGCGGAAUAUGGUAAGCUUUCUGUCCGGCCUUUGUGUCCCCCCAACUGUGAGUUUGUGAGGCAUUUUACGUGACCUUUCGCUCACUCUGAUUUCUCUGCCCUUCUAGUCCGGUCGUACUAUUCGUUGCGAAAACGACGGCGGAUGGCAAGAUAUGGAACGAGAUAAUCGAAGGUAAUUCCGCGUCAGCUGCAUCUGUGAAAUAAGUUUCAGUGAUACCGGGGUCAAGUGAAUAUUGUGCGUUUAGUUUUCGUAGAAAUAACCGAGAAGUCGUGUAAGGUCGUUGGAAUGCGUUCCGCACAUUUGGACUUGUUGUCCAUUAUCAAGUCAUGAGGACUCGCAGAAUAUUACACUUGCAUGCUAUACAGUGGGGUUCGGUUUUUUCUAUUGUUGGCGAUCCGGGUCGGACCCCCCACGUGUCUGUUGUUUGGCUUCUUUGGUGGCCUAAUUGUGUUUAGUAAAUUCGCCUGCGUUUGUGAGGGCCAUUGUACUGUUCCCGCACCGUAGCCAACCGUUGGAAUGAGUUUGGGUGUUGGUUUUAAUGUUCCUCUUUCUCCUCGACUGUUAGGCCCUGCCUGCAGAAAACGCAACCAGGGUGCUUCUGAAUCUUCCAUCUAUUGUGAUCACACAGUUUCAUCUAUCUAGUUCGGACUUCCACUGCACGCUUAGUUGUUCAGUUAGGUUUUUGACUGAGUUAUUUGCACAUCAAUCCCUACAACAGUCUUUUAAACGCCCUUUAGGAGAGACGACUUCAAAAAUUCUGGCGACAGAGAACUUAGUCAAGGUACGCCGUCAUCCACUUAGUUCUUUUCCGCCCCGACUUGUAUUCUGACUCUUUUCUAUUCCCCAGUGUCUAUUUCACAUUAAUCUCAGACUUACUGAAUAUAACUCAGUCGCUUUCUGUCGGUCCUUGAUCGAGUGCUUUCCUUCUAGGUCGAAGUCAGGACCAGCGUGAUGAUCGACAACUCCCCCCGGAUCAGUACCAGUAUGAUCGGCGGGUGAGUUUCUUGGGGACGCCGCCCUCCUGACAGUCAGUGGAGCAGUAACCCAACUAACUUAUUCCAUUAUCACUAACCCUCGUAAUUCAGCUGGGUGUUUCCCCAAUCUCCAUCUUUGUGCCUUUGGUUUUAACCUCCUGUGCCGGUUUCUUUUGAAUGAUCCAUCUAAACUAUGUCUCGGAUUCCAAAAUACACCGUAUUUCUGAUUGAAAAUCAGAGCUGCCAUAAGUCUGCCACGGAUCCGAUCCCCAUGCACAGACGGUUAGCCUCGCAGACCCGUGGAAAUCUGUUUCUACGGAAAUUGUGCCUACUUUUACUUGCGUUUUUUUUCACAACCAUUUGGACAGGUUUAUACUCCACCAAAAGAUGCCAAGGAAGUGGAAAAUGGGGUCCUCACACGUUACACCAACGAGAGUGAUCUCCCUAUGACCUCCAAAACCCUGCAGGCACGCGUCCAGCAGCGUCUGAGGGACAUUGAGCGUCGCCACCGCAUGGAGCUAGGUGGUAACGGUCCUCCGGGUGCUGACGGACAAGGCCUAUCUCCUCCCGGUGGACCCAUGCGAGGCAACGGUCCCUGGCGUGGUCGUGGUGCUGGGAGUGGGGGUGGUGAUAUGGGUCGCCGUGGGAUUGAUGACAGACGUGGCGGUCCACCUGGAGACGACAGACGCGGAGGCGAUGACGAUAGACGGGGUAUGCCCGGCCAGUACCGCAACGACUUCUAUCGUGGUGGUGGCAACUUCUACGGCCGCGCUAGGGGUCGCGGAGGUCCGCGUUGGCGUGGACAGUGGGACGACUGGAGAUCUGGGGGUAAUCGACGUGGUGGCAAUUGGUACGGCCGUGACAACAGGUAGAUGCCUGCUAACCAUUUGAUUGUUAAUGUCGGUAGGCUCGCAGUUCCUGUACACUAACGCCCGCCCCCCUGCUGUUGACAUCCACUUGUACAGAUACAGUGAUAGAAGAGACAUGGUUCCCGGGGAUGAUCGCAGAAGACGACGAUCGCGAUACUCCCCCAGCGCGGGUGGUAGUGGGGGAGCUGACCGGUCGCGUUCGCCCUCAUCAAGGUCGAAAUCUCGAUCGAGGCGUGGCAGCCAGUCGCGGAGUGCGUCCAGAUCUCGCAGCAGAUCACGAACACAUUCUCGUUCCGCCCGUUCCUACUCCAGGUCCAUUUCUAGAUCUCCGUCUCCAUUCCCUAAAAAGUACGUCAUUGCCCUUUUUGCUCGGCUGUUUUUUCAGCGCCUCUGAAACGUCCAAGUAUUUUAAGGGUAACACGAUAUUUGUGCUGUUUACAUCACGAGAAACGUCAGGAUCUUUCUUAAAGUCGAAGCUGUAAUAUUGUACAAAAUGUAGCGCAUGAAGUGAAAUCCCCAUGCAUCCUUCACAGGAAAUAGAACCGGACUCACCAUUAAAAUCAGUGUAAGAUGUACACUACGUUGAUGGUUGAUCUUAUUGCGCCGACUUUUACGGGAUCUGGUGAGAUUCCCAACUGAAAGCCAGCAUGCUAACCUGUACUGUUUUUCUUUAAAUUUCUCGCCGUGCUAGUCAAUCUUGCAAUUCUACUUCGGUGAUUAUUUCGCAAGUCUAGUUGAACCCGAGUCCCAGUCAACGGACGCUGUCUUUCACCGUAGGGUAGGGUGGUCAAAGCCUGUUCUGAGGCCUUGCCAGUCAUCUCUGAUGACCUUUUCUAAUUCACAGAGUUCUUGUCUAGCGACUAUCACUUGCACGAGCGAACUCCCAUCGCCAUGAAAAAACAGUUGGCAAAUUUUGUUAGGGAUAUUUAUCUCUGCUUGUCUGUUUCUUUCGACUGCAUAGCAGCUCUGUGUCCAGGUUACGUGUAGAGACUCCAGUAAUGUCGCCCUUUCCGCCCUCUCAAACCGUUCCACCUCAAUAUGACUGUCCAUUUGAUCUUUCAGACGAAUUUCCCGCGCUCGCAUAAGGACCCCACCGUUGGCGCCGUUGACCAAUCCGCACAGUGACUCUGAAGAGCAGAUGGCGGACGUGGAACAAUUCGUCGCACAAUUGAAAGCCAAGCGGCAAAUGCAACAGGAGAUGCAGGGUGCCAACCAGCAGUCAGCCCCCGCAGGACCCCUCAUCGGUCCCCAGAUGCCGGCCUCCAUGGAGACCGGUGGUGGUGGUGGUGCCUCAACGGAAGACGUGGCACCACCUAGCCCAGACGCGUGA